CUGUGUGAGCGGACGGGCGCUGCUGAGCAGGUCCCGCAGGGAAGUUCAGAGGGGGUCGAAAUCCGGCGUGUUUCAACUCCGCCAAAGGCUGCGGGAGCUGAGAGGGGCGACAACGGGGAGCGAUAACACAAACCUCAAUGGCAUUUUAGAGAAGCGGGGGGAGAGACAAGAGGGGGAAAAGUGCCGAAAGAUGGCGGUGGUAAUAGCGACGGGACUUUCAGGUGUGCAGAAAAGUGGACUUUUGGAGGUUUUGGUGCGGGAUCGGUGGCACAAAGUUUUGGCCAACUUGAACGAGGAAGCGCUCACGCUGAGCUGCGAGGAGACGGGCAUCCACGACGGCGUCAACUCCAACGGGGUCACCAACGGCUCUUACAAUGGGAACAACAACACGGCGGGUCACCCCAGUCCCAAAAGUGUGCGCACCGCCGCGUACUACACGGAUUCCCCGGAGCAAGUGCCCGAGGCCAUCGCCAACCGAAAGCGAUCCGUCACGGUGGCCAAGCAGGAGGUCGGGGGUCUCGGCAUCAGCAUCAAAGGUGGGAAGGAGAACAAGAUGCCCAUCCUGAUCAGUAAAAUAUUCCGGGGGCUCGCCGCGGACCAGACCCAGGCUCUCUACGUCGGGGACGCUAUUCUGUCGGUCAACGGUGUGAACCUGCGGGACGCGACCCAUGACGAGGCCGUGCAGACGCUGAAAAGGGCCGGCAGGGAAGUGACGCUAGAAGUCAAGUACAUGCGAGAGGCCACACCCUACGUCAAGAAGGGCUCCCCCGUGUCAGAGAUCAGCUGGGAAACCCCUCCUCCCGAGUCGCCCCGGCUUGGCAGUUCUCCCCUCACCUCCCCUUGUGAGCCUCCAAGCCCUCCUCCUCCUGCCCCCUCACUGUCCCUGCAAGGAGACAGGAGGUGCAUACCACUGAAGAUGUGCUACGUCACACGAGCCAUGACCACACCGGACCCUGAGAACAGACAACUGGAGUUGCAUUCCCCUGAUGUGCGGCACACCGUGGUUCUGCGGUGCCCUGAUCAGCCCUCUGCGUUGGCCUGGUUCUCUGCCAUGCAUACUGCCACCUUUGCUUUGACACAGCGGGGGCAGGCAGAAGUCAUCCAGAAUAUGAACAAGACAGGAAUCGCUGGCAGCAAAGAGAUCCGACACUUGGGAUGGCUAGCCGGGAAGACGGAGAGUGAAAAACAGCAUUGGAAGCCCGUGCUAGUGGUGGUGACAGAGAAAGACCUACUGUUGUAUGACAGCCUACCGAGAGGCAAGGAGGCCUGGCAUAGCCCUGCACACACCUAUCCUCUCUUAGCAACACGCCUCGUCCAUUCUGGCCCUGAUCGGGGAUUUCCACACUCUAGUACAGAGCUAUCAUUUGCCACACGGACGGGCACACGGCUGGGCAUCGAAGCCCACUUGUUCCGGGUUGAGACCACCAAGGAUCUGUCCCUGUGGACCAGGCACAUUGUCAAUGGAUGUCACGCCGCAGCUGAAAUGAUUAAGGAAGUCACUACUAGUUGUCUUUAUCAGGGCCAGGAGUGCCGGCUGGUGGUCCACUACGAACAGGGCUUCUCCGUGUUAACGGAGCCCAGCCGAGGAGAUGGAGAGAACGGGGAGGAGAGAGGAGUUCAGACUCCCGUGAAGCCCAGGGUGCUCCUCUCCUAUCCCUUUGAGAAGCUCAAGAUGUCCUCCGAUGACGGAGUUCGCAUGCUCUUCCUCGACUUUGGAGGGAAGGAGGGCGAGAUUCAACUGGACCUCCACUCAUGUCCAAAGCCGAUUGUCUUCAUCCUUCACUCCUUCCUCUCUGCAAAGAUCUCCCGCCUCGGACUGGUGGCAUGACAGUCUCUUUAACCUGACAUUUCACUUCUUCAGAGAACAUCUCCCUUGUUUCUCCUGCUCGCCACAGCUCAUUACAGACCAUGGGUGAAACUUAAACCUUUUAAAUCCGGGACCUAAGCUGAGUGAGCUUAGUUUCUCCCUAAGACCAAGGCGCCUUAAAAUGUAGUAGUGCUCUUGCCAUACAUGGACACCACAGAGACAGGCUUGCAACCCUUUUUGGGGUUCCCAACCCGUAGUUUAAGCAACACCGACGCACAGCAUGCAGUAAAUGUGGACGCUCGAUCAUACUGGGUGACAUCUGCCCCCAAUGGACAACACUGGAGAAUGGACAAGGCUGGAGCCUGCUCCCAGAAGGCCUGCACUGACUGAACUGAUGACAAGAGGCACAGAAGAAACAACAAACUGUGAUUGAACCAGAGGGUCGGUUUGGACACAGAGCCAGAGAUGGAUGGAGAGCCAGAGAUGGACUGGGCGGCACUGCCAUGCUCAGUUGUAAUUAGAGGGAUAGGACAUGCGCAGCAGGGUCUUGACAGAAUCAACUUUAAUUCAUUCAAAUCAAUCAUGUGAUGAAAAAAAAUCCAUUUGCCAAGGAUAACACAUUCACUCUGCAAACAGCUCUGAAAGUGGUGCAUUUAUUUUUAUUUUGGAGUUUGGAUUUGGCGUCUUGAAUUUUGAGUUUGACACUUUGCCUUUUAGUUGGUUGUUAUUCUUUACCAAACAUUAAAAUGUCGCCCAUACUAGCACAGCUAGCUGCUCAAUUAUCAGUAAUGUACCCAAGUCAUAUGCAGCAUCCCCGAUGCCUCCUAAAGUCUUUCAAUGUUUGAAUUCUGGAAAAAAAAUUGAAUUGAUUUGAGUGUGGUAGGAAGUCAGAACUUGAUGACCAGUGACAUGUUUCACCCAAUUCAAAUGAAAAAUAUUGGCUUCAUUUAUAUGCACAGUAUAAUUCUAAUGUUAUUCAAGAUACUCGCAGAUUCUGUUUUGAGUUUGCAUCUUGUUAAAGCCAUAUCUCAUUUAUAGUAACCCACAUAACCUCCAAAUCUUGGCCGGAGAAAUCCAAUAAAGAUAGCUGGGUUUUUCGAUAUUAGCUUAGGCAUGUGUACGCCUCGUUUUAAUUUACUUGAGCAAUAAGCCAUGGCUCCACAUAUUUCUUGCUGAAAAAAAAAAGUGAUUGCCAAAUAAAAAGUGAGUGGUAUGGGGGAUUUGGUGUGACAGCCAGUAAGACUGACGAAUUAAAUUCAGAUUCUGAACUAAAAAUCAGAACUUGAAUGUUGUAAAUUUUGGUAUAUAAAACUUUAUUCUCCACAAUGAUGUUAUAAUGUAAAUGCACGGGUUCUGAUGAUGGGACUAUACAGAAUCAUAUGACGAGUCCAUCCCUAAUAACUGUAACCCGGAUAAUGACUGGUUAUCAAAUACAGACUAUCCAGGGUCAAAAAUCACUUUGAAAUUGUUAUAAUCGUCAUUGCAUAUGUCUCAAAUCAUCUGAUUUGGCAUAAGGACACUGUAUAUCCACGCCUUUUUUUUUUCAUUUGAGGCCAAUGUAACACCCGUCGACUCACUCUGGGCUGCUAACCUGCAGAACAGCGGACAACACGGUGCCACCGAGUCGUCGUGUGGCAGCAGUAGCAGCGCUACCAGUGUUCAUAAUUCAUGCAUUUGCUUGUGGAUGUUUUUCACAGAGAGGAAAAAAAAAAGUUGACAUGUUUGAAAUUAAAUGCCAACCUAUGAUUGUGCAGCCACCCCAUCAAGUAUAAUGUGUCUGAGAGAAGUCCUAUCAUUAGGCUGGCAGCCAUCUUAAUGGUCCUCCAUGCUGCAGCAGACACUGUACACACUUUUUUUUUUUCCUUGAAUUUUAUGAAAUGGAACACAAUUUGUAUAUUGUCCUGUCACUCAACUGGCCACUCGCCAGAUCAUUCCUUGUGCCUUCUGAAGGCUGAACAGAAAAUAUAUUGAAGGUUUUACAAAGAGGAAAAGUUGGCAGCAGUUUAGCACCAAGUGCCCCGGUGAGAGACUUCCAAAGACGGCUUUAUGUAUGAAUGAUUAAACCCAGCAGACAGAAAGGUUGUAAGCCAACAGACAUUUUGUUUUAGGUCUCUUCUUUACUUGCAGACCAAAAUGCAUACACAUUUCCGAUGACCAAUUCAACACUUGAGUAAUGAUGUGAGCAGAUUUACUGUAGAGACAAUACACCGAUUUGUCUCCUGUUGCGAGUGCUGGAGGUGUUAUUCGGUGGCCAUUUCUCUGUUAGAGACCAACACAGGACGUAUUGUUGACUACAAACGGAGGCUUUAGAGGUGGAAAGAAUCAAGGCUGCUUUGAGAUGUAGAAGAAUCAAAUGCCUUGGGCAGCUAUUGUACUAUCAUUGAUUGAAUGAUGCUUACUUUAUAACUCAAGACUGUGCACAUAAAUCACAUAUUUAA